AUGGCCGCUGCUAAGGAACCAGCGUGGCAGGAAGAAGCAAAGCUCACCAACAUGAGCGACCAGACCUACAUAAUCACGACCACCAUCGACCCACCUCGACAUCAGGGGAACCCUGAAGAACCCAAGCCCUGUGUACCUCAAACACCCUCGUGGGAAGUCAGAUUCAACACAGCGUUCGACGAGCUCUGCACAGCCUUCUGGGCCCAAAUAGAGGCUCGACAGCUACAGCAGACCCCUUCCUUACCUGCUCCUGGGGGGACCUCCAGCGUGGACCGAACGCAUCAAUCUCAAUAUAAGCCGAGAGACCGGAUGGAUGUCCAGCCCAUCAAACACCCGCAGCCAAGUGAGCUUGUCGGUGAUAUAGGCUCCCAGGGGGUGACUGGCACUGUCUAUGCAGGCUAA